GCCCGCGGCGCAGCGCGGCUGCCGCGGGGCACGCCGGGAGCUGUAUGCGGGGGGCGGAGGGGCGGGCUCAGGCGGGCGGGGUCGCGGAGCCCUGCGGGAGAGCGGCGGCGGCGGCGGCGGCGGCGGGUCCGGGAGCGGCGCGUACCGGGGCUCACGGCCGUCCUCGCAGCCCCCGCCUCACACAGCGGCCUCGGCGGCCCGGCCGGGCGCGGUGCAGCCAUGUCGGGGCUCCUGGGGAAGCUGUUCGGGACGGGCGCCGGCGGGAAGGGCGCCGGGAAAGGCCCGUCCCCGCAGGAGGCGAUCCAGCGGCUCCGCGACACGGAGGAGAUGCUCAGCAAGAAGCAGGAGUUCCUGGAGAAGAAGAUCGAGCAGGAGCUGGCGGCCGCCCGCAAGCACGGCACCAAGAACAAGCGCGCUGCUCUUCAGGCCCUGAAGCGUAAGAAGAGGUACGAGAAGCAGCUUGCACAGAUAGAUGGCACGUUAUCAACAAUUGAAUUUCAGAGGGAAGCCCUUGAGAAUGCCAACACGAACACUGAAGUGCUUAAGAACAUGGGAUUUGCUGCUAAAGCUAUGAAAGCUGCUCAUGACAACAUGGAUAUUGAUAAAGUAGAUGAAUUAAUGCAGGACAUUGCAGAACAGCAAGAGCUGGCAGAUGAGAUUUCAACAGCCAUCUCGAAGCCAGUAGGAUUUGGGGAAGAAUUUGAUGAGGAUGAACUCAUGGCAGAACUAGAGGAACUAGAACAAGAAGAACUAGACAAAAACCUGCUGGAAAUAAGUGGUCCCGAGACAGUACCACUACCAAAUGUGCCCUCAAUAUCAAUACCAUCAAAGCCAGCCAAGAAGAAAGAGGAAGAGGAGGAUGAUGACAUGAAAGAGCUGGAAGCUUGGGCAGGAACCAUGUAACCACAGCAGUAACUGCCUGCAAAAGACUUUGAUUACCUAUUCUGGGUGCAAAUGUGUUGUGUUGAGGAGAAAGCAUAAGCAAAAUGUCUUUAUCUUUAAUUUUAACCCAAAGCAGUGGGAACUGCAUUGCUGUUUUCUGCGUAGCAUGGUCUGCACAAAGGAAAGAGAGGGGAGCAGAGGGAAUUGCCUGCGGUUUAUACGGUUGAAUUGCUGUAAAAAGGUCUUUGCAAAAUCAAAACAUUCAGCUUUUGGACUGUGCUACUGCCACUGCUGGAUCUUCAUCUGCAAAGUUUGGGCCAUAUUGAAUUGAAGUAAGCUGAAAAAAAGAACACUCUGUCAUUUUAAGUCAGUUUAAGUGUGUCUAGAAGUCUCGUGAGGCAUUUACAAACCAGGACAAGUCGUAAGUCACCAUCGGCUUCUUAUUGUGUUUAGGUGCAAGAAUGCUUUAGGUUUUUAGUUCUUUGCAAGUUCUAUUUAUAUCCCUUGACUGAUGUGUGGCCAGCCUUGUGUUUGUCACUGCAACAACCUAGUCACUACUCCCAUUUCAAUUGGUGAGGAGGCUUUGCAAUCGGCAGAUGCUAUCUUGGAAGUAGGGAAGGUUUCAGUUUCAGUUGUACAUUUUUCUACCUAGCACUACAAUGUUGAUUGCUUUUUUGUGAUAAUUCAUAACCCAUUCAGAUACAUGCACACAAUUAUUUUAAUUAAGAAACUACUAUGGAUUGCACUGUAUUAAAUAUCUCGAUUAAUUUUCACUUGGUGCUACUGGUGUCAGUUCUUUCGUGGUGUUUAAUCUGACCGUAAGUUACCUGCAGUUUGGCCUCUUUCUACACAUGUAACAUGGUCUUUAAAGCUAGUUGGUUGUGUGUACUACACUUGUAUAAAACUACAGUCUUAGCUGAGUAACACUGCCAGAGGGCUGCUUCACCUGGUUUAUUGUAAUAACACUCUGGUCCCCCAUGUCAAAAUGCCCACACUAAGAAGUCAAAGCUGAAUUAAUAGUAUAAGCAACAGGUUUAGGAUAGAGCUGGGAGCUUCAGCUUUGUGUUUUUCGUCAGCAAUGGUAUCUUUGUGCUAACAAAUGUAUUUUAAAGCAGUGGUAUUACAGGAGUUCUGGGUGAGCAUCUCAAGUGCAGUGAAGUGUCUUAAUAGAAGUGCUCAGGUGUAGCUGGGAGAGGAAAAGAAAUCCCAUAAGCACUGUUAAUGCUUUUAAGGUUACUGCUGUUGCUACUCAGAAGCUGUAAGUGAUGGGGGCACCAAGUGGCAGCCCGGCUGUGCCUGGGCUGUGCUUUCCUUCCUGCUCAUUUAGCCAACUGCUGUAACUAAAGAAAGAACCUGUUGUGCACAGCAAGGGGCAGAUGCUGUGAUGGGUGCGUGUUGUGAUUCCCGUUUACUUUUAGCCAGGCAGCUGGAACAGCCUUAUUCUUUACAGCCUGUUUGUUCGGGAUUGUUUUAAUAAAUGACAGAGUGGUUUCUUAAUCCUA